AUGGAUGAAAUAAGACCUUUUAUUAGUUCUGUGUCACAAACAAAUGAAACAAUUAAUGAUGAUCGUCCUCCUGUUCUUGAAAUACAAGAAAAUAAUUUUAAUGUUUCUGAACAACAAGGGUCUGAUUUGUCAUAUUUGUUAGGAGGUUUGUUUUUUUUUAAUUCUACUUUCAAAAUAUUUUUAGAUAAUUAUUAUAUCGAGAAUGGAAUUAUAUAUCAAAAAGAAACGAAUAAUUUAAUUGAUAUUAAACAAAAAGAUUUGAGGCAAUCAAAUAAUUGUUUAAAACAAAUAAUUGAAGAGACACCUAAUUUUAAUUCGAAUGUUUGUUGUGGACUUUGUGGUUCUAUUCUGACAUAUGAAUUGUUAAUAAAUGAACAUUUGCCGAAUAUUCAUCCAGAAGUUUUAACUAAUGGAAUUGUUGAUCUUGAAGAAAUUCCUUAUGAAGCCUGGCUUAAUGAACAACCAUUAAAUCCCUCUACUCACAAUUCUGUCCGUUCUGGUUUUGGAACUAAAUUUUCUCCUCAAAAGGUUAUUUCAAAUUUUCGACAUGUACGGUCAACACGCCAAUUACGUCGAAUUAGCCAAUUUCGAGUUAAUACCUCAGAAAUGUCAAUUCCUGAAUUGGAAUUGGUUUUACAACGAAAGAUGGUUGAAAAAUUGGGUCGAAAGAUUCCUGUUACUUUGGUAGAUAAAUUGCAUGCAAAAUGUGGAAUUUGUGAUACUGUUAUUUCUUUAAAUAAAAAAUUUGAAAUUGUCCAUUUGGUGAGGCAUUUUAAUGCUUGGCAUCCUUCAACUCAUAAAUGUGCUGGUACUUGGCCAAAUAAGGAAUCAACAGAUAAUUGUAAACCUUUAAGUUCUCAAGAUUUUGCUGUAAUUGAUACAAACUCUAAUUCUAUUGACAAUCUUCAAUGUAUUUGGUGUGGAAUGUUUCUUUCAAGCAAUGAAAUUGGAAUGCAUUUUCAUGAAAUUCAUCCAGAAGAGGUUGAGGUCCCAAAAUGUAAUCUUUGUAUGCAAGAAUUAUUGCUUAAUGCCCGAAUAUAUGAACGUUUUAGAGAAGAUUUUUGUGUAACAAUGCCUGAUGAAUAUACUUUUAGAAGUAUUAAAUUUAAAAGAGAUUUUAAAUCUGAACAAAAAUUACAAAAAGCAAUAAUUAAAUAUUUAAAAAGAAUUAGUGAAGGAUGUAAUCCAGAGGUUGUAGAUAUUGAAGAUUUGGAUAAUUCUGAAAUUGAAGAAAAUGAAGAGAUUGAUGAAAUAAAUAAUGAAUUACCUUCUUGUGAAGUUUUUGCAAAUAGUAAAAUGAUUUGUGGUUUGUUUAAAAUUUUUAACAAAUUAGAGGGAUAUACAGAGGGCCGUCGUGCAAAACCUAAACGAAAAUUUAUAACUCCAAUAGUCCGUCAAGCAUUCCUAGAAAAUAGCUCUUUUGUUUCUCCAAUUACACAUUCUCAUUGGAAAUGUCUUUUAUGUCAUUUAGAUAUUUAUGCUGCAGUUAUAAGUGCCGGCGUGAUAAAACAUUAUAAAAAAUUCCAUCCAAUUCAACUUCCACAAAUUCAAUUAGAACUUUGCAAAGCAAGAUUGGAUAAAAUAAGUAAUAAAAAUAUGUUAAUUUUUGGAAAUGAGAGAGACAAACAAAGAGGUACUUGUUCAAUUGAAUGCCAAAUUUGUACACAAAUAUUUCCAAUGACUCCACCUUUUAAUAUUUGUAGAGCUAUUAGACAUAUAAAAAUGAAACAUCCAGAAGUUAUGCCCGAACAUAAUAAUGGGGGUGAAUGUACAAAUAAAGUAAAUUUUUUUAAUUUAAAAAUUUGCCGUUUAAAUUUUGAGUUGACAAGGGAUUCUGAAAAUACUUUAUCAAAUUAUGUCAUGUCUAUAGAGGUCACUUAUAACCAAUUUUAG